GCAAGGAUGUGAAGGUCACAUCAAAAGCUUGUUAUUGCUCGUCUCAGGGUCUAGGAUCGUAGGUAUCUUAUCGUCUCGACAUGAUUGUAUCAUUGGACGACGGAUGCGGUUCACGAGAUCGCGAACGUUGCUGUUUGGCAGCUCAGCCUUACGCUCGAGCCACAACCUCAUCUCCAUCUCCUGAUUCCACCAGGAACAGUUGUUUUACCAAGAAGCAUCAUACACUUAUUGAUGCAAAAUAUUGAACCCGCGCAUAAUGUCUACAAUUGCCCAACCUCGAGAAAGCUCCGUUAAUGGGCGCCGUGUGCCUUUACUUACUACACCUACUUCCUCAACACGACCGAGUCUAGACCAUUCCCGUUCAUCUGAACCAUCUCCGAAUCGAGGAUCUUCAGUCGCGAUACCUCGACGCAACCGUGCCGCUCUGCGAGAAUAUUACAACCUCAAAAAAGGACAAGACGCUCCGACUGACGAUGCGGCAUCCGAAGUUUCCUCAAUACACUUUGAUAGCGAGGUGCAAGAAAGCGAAAUGGACAAGGACGGAUUUGAUGGGGAGAAAUACGUGAAGGAGGUUUUGGAAAAGCAAACACUGGGAGAGCUAUUGCGAACCUACAAUGGAGUUUUGACCGACAUCAGGGCUCUAGAUGCGGAGAAAAAGGCACUGGUUUAUGAUAAUUACAGCAAGUUGAUUACGGCAACAGAGACGAUCAGGAAGAUGAGGACAAACAUGGACCCAUUAAAUCCAAUGGCUAGUACGCUCGACCCGGCUAUCGCGAGCAUUUAUGAAAGGGCUGAGAAGAUCAAGGUUGAGUUGAAGGAAGGUAUUCCGGAAUCACAAAGGAGACUCAUGGAGAUGGGGGUAGAGGAAAGGGCGAUAUUCCAGAAGAAACAAAACAUGAAGAGGCUUGUACUACAAGUAUUGGAGACACCUGAGAAGCUGAGAUCUUUGGUAGCAGGGGGCAAUGAAGAGGAGGCCAGAUUGGAAUGGGAAAAAAGCCUAGCGUUGUUGAGAAGAUGGAAAGAGAGGGGUGUAGGGGGAAGCGAUGUGCAGACCUGUAUAGAAGACGGAGAGGCAGCCUUGAGGGGCGAGCCUCCAAAUGAGAAGAGCUGGGUUAACAUAAGAGCGAAGAGAUCAUCAUGACAGCAAUUGUAUCAUCACAGCACAGCACACAGUACGACAGCAUAGCGGCAACAUUAUGAGAGCAUGACGAUCGAUAGUGACAGCGAUAGCACCAGCAUACGAACUAUUA